CGUUAUUUCGUUUUUAACAUUUUUUAGUAUAAUUCUAGCAUUUAAUUUAUAAACAUUGUUUUCAUCGUUUCCAUUUUUUAGAGUAAAAAAUGUUGAGGAUAAUUUUGGCUUUGAGUUUUUGUGUAGUUCUAGUAGAAAAUCACCCCACUAUGUACAGGAUGAACGAUAAUAAAGUCUUAGAACCAGAUUUGAUACCAGUAUCUUCAACAGUAAUUCCUCUUCCGGUAUACAAAGUUAGUUUUGGUAUUAACGUUCUAUCUGCAAAAGACGAAAAACUGAAGAGACCUGAAGGACCCAUUGAACUCGAAACAGUUUACACUAAGAAAAAGCCGAUUCCGCAACCAAAAACAAAACCUCUAUCAGAUGUAUCGUCUGUCAAACAAGUGUCAGAAAAGCAAUAUCAAAGUUAAAAUCAAAAAAGUCACCGCCAUUUUAAUAAUACUAAACUGUAAAUAAUAAAAAUGUAAAUCUUGCUUUAGUUUUCGAGUAUGUUUUGGAUUGUUUUGAAAACGGAUGUUAAAUAAGGUUAUUUAUGAUGGAUUAGAAAUCAAUUCAAACAAUUUAAAAUAAUAUAUAAUGUAUAAUUUAUCGCGUAGAUAUAUCUGUUGUAAAUAAUCGAUACCAAUAAUGAUAAUUGUGAUUUAAUUAAAUUAAAAA